UAAGGGUUGCAUGCAGAUGAUUAUCUUCCUGGAUGCUUGCUUAAGAUCAGAGGAAAACUGGUUUUACAGCUCGCUGUCCAAGACUUGAAGGCUCGAGAGGAGCGAGGCUUUGUCCUCCGGCAGACCGAUUUGAAGUCUACAAGGACCUCUUGUGAUUGGUUGCAGGCGUGAGAAGACUACCCCUGUCCAUGGACCCAACAACCCAGCAGAAUCAGACUGCAGAAGCUGGGCAGGACGCCCAGACACAGGGUGGUGUGGCCUUCAGUGAUGUGGCUGUCUACUUCUUGAGGGAGGAAUGGAGACUGCUUGAUGCCUCUCAGAGGCGUCUGUACCACCAGGUGAUGAUGGAGGUCUUUGUUCUCAUGUCCUCAUCAGGACUCGUGUCUUCUGGGACUGACAUCACUCAGCUGGGGUCUUCAGGAGAUCACUUCAUCCCUGCCCUGAGAUUUUUGACUCCAAGCGUGAGAAGACUACCCCUGUCCAUGGACCCAACAACCCAGCAGAAUCAGACUGCAGAAGCUGGGCAGGACGCCCAGACACGGGGUGGUGUGGCCUUCAGUGAUGUGGCUGUCUACUUCUUGAGGGAGGAAUGGAGACUGCUUGAUGCCUCUCAGAGGCGUCUGUACCACCAGGUGAUGAUGGAGGUCUUUGUUCUCAUGUCCUCAUCAGGACUCGUGUCUUCUGGGACUGACAUCACCCAGCUGGGGUCUUCAGGAGGUCACUUCAUCCCUGCCCUGAGAUUUUUGACUCCAAGAGUGGAGCCUGCAAAGAUACCUUGUGAGCAGACUCUCUCGACGACAGAUGGAAGGCUUAACAUGACCACGCCCCGACGGCAGCAACUGAGCGGUGCUGAGAAACCCUUAGGAAGAGCAGAGGGCACAAUUGCAGUUAUGAAGACAAACAGAAGUGACCCAUCAGAGAAAACUUUACAACCCACGGACAAUGCAACGGACCAGCGCCCUGUCUCGGGGCUUCAUGGGCACCGUCUGACUCACAGUGAUGGGGAGCACCCCAGGAGCACCAAGCGACAAAAGGGCACUCACAGUGAGAAGGGGAACUGCAAGUGCUGCGACUGUGGCAAAUCCUUCAGCUGCAAGUCGCUGCUUAUUCGACACCGGAGGAUACACACUGGAGAAAAGCCUUUUAAGUGUAGCGAAUGCGACAGGUCCUUCAUCCAAAAGGCCGAUCUGAAUCAACACUCGAAAGUUCACACUGGAGAAAAGCCCUUCAGAUGCAGCGAAUGUGGCAAAGAUUUCAAACACAGUCGCUCCCUCGUUGGACAUCAAAGAUUUCAUACUGGAGAGAAACCUUAUAAAUGCAACCAGUGUGGGGAAUCGUACAUGAACAGGUCCAGCCUCAUGCACCAUUAUCUGGUUCAUACUGGAGAAAAGCCUCACAAGUGCGGCGAGUGCGGAAGAUUAUUUAAGGAGAAAUCCAGCCUCAGGUACCACUCCCGGGCGCACACCGGAGAGAGGCCUUUCCAGUGCAGUCAGUGCAGGAAGUGCUUCAAAAAAAACUCACACCUCGAGAAACACAAAAAAAUUCAUAGCAGGGGGAAACCCUUUAAGUGUAAUGUGUGCGGGAGAUUCUUUACCAUGAGGUACGUCCUGGUCAAACAUCAGAGAUUUCACACCGCCUCGAAGCAUCAUGAGUGCAAGGAAUGUGGGAAAGUGUUUUGCUACAAGACAGGACUUUCUAGACACCGUAAGAUUCACACUGAAAAAAGUAUCGAGGGCAGUGAACAUGGGAAAUAGUUCCAUGAUCUACCCUGUCUACACAAGAGGACGUUUGUGGAACAGGGUCAAGAGUGCUUCAGAUGUGGGGAGCCUUCACCCCCAAUUCAUCCUGUUCAACUGGAGACCAGGUCAGAGUGCAGGGACGCAUCGUGAACCCACUGAUGCUGGGGAAGCCUUACAGCAAAGACUGCUCUUAGUAGCCACACGGGCACCACCCAGAUAGGUUUGUGAACGCAGGGAACAGAGAAAGCCCCAGCCGUAGACCAGCUUGUUGAGCCGUAGGAGCGAACGGGACUUUGAACAGAGAAGUUCUGAGAGUGGCCUUUGUGAGGGGGCCAGUCGUUGAAAGUUACUCAGCAAAGAAGAAAACAGAGGCAAGAUGGGAAUUAUUGCCAUCUUCUUAUUCCUAAGAAGUUAAUGCUUUCUGGGAACUUGGCAAGAGGAAGCUGUGUUCUUGACUGCACCGGUGUGCAGUGGAGACAGUCUCCGUGUUUGAGUGGGGGAGGGAGACAGUGACCUGUUUUAAAUAAGACAUGUUUGUUGUUGUUUGUUUAUUGGUUGUCCUUUGUGGAGGAAAACCUCACUGAAUAUUGCAGUCCCUGGGACAAAUGAUCAUUUACUGCAGUCUUCAUGACUCCUGGGUUCCUAAGUGUCACUGAUUUUGUUGGAGACCUUAUACUCUCUUGUGGGCAUAUAACCCAUCUGUUUUAAAUAUUUAUUGUUUUCUCGGGUGUAUUUUGUCUGCAUAUAUGUAUAUACACUGAAUACAGGCCUGGUGGGUAUGAAGACUCGGAACAAGGCCUUGGGUUCCUGGAACAGGAGUUACAGAUGGGUGUGGCCAGCCUGUGUGCUGGCAAUGAUCCCGGGUCCUCCACAAGGGCAGCAUGCAGACUUAUGCUCUGAGCCCUCUCUCCAGCCCAACUUUUAAGAAGUUACCAAAUUCUGUUCUAAGUGACUGUGUGUUUCAGAUUUCCUCCUGCAACAUAUCAGCUACCGGUUCCUCACAUCCUCCCUGACACUCUGUAAGCCACGUGGUGUUCAUUUGAAUCAUUUUAGUAGCUGUGUGGUAACAUG